CAAAUUUUGGACAGACUCAAUUCUCGUGUAAAAGAACUGCGUUCCGAGAACAAUCUACUUCUAGCAGAAUUGCAAGAAGGCCGAUCUGCACGUGCUGAGUUGGACGUAUUUCGAAUGACAUUACUUCGUGUAAAUGAAAUGUCGGAUCGACUUUCUGAACAUGACAUCCUUGACCUGAUUGCUUCUGCUGUCUCCUCGUCAGGUUAUUCUAAACUCGAACAAGAAAAUCCGCCGACGUCUUUUCAUAGACAGGCUGCCACUGAGGAUCUCCCUACUAAGUCGACAUUUCUUAUGGCUAAGCCUAAUUUGACGGAUUCUGCCGAGGUUGACAUUUUCCCGGCCCCUACUUGUACCGGUAAAACUUCUGCACACGGCAUCGCUGCCAGCAGCAGUCUUGUUGUCAGUUGGCUACGAGCAAUUCAAACCCAGUUGUUGCGAUCUUCAAGGGGACUUGCUUCGGCUAACGAGGCUGUAGAGUCUACGAAUCGGGCAUGGCAGACUGCAUUGGACGAAUCUAGUCGCCGAUUCAACCAGUUAGCGGACACUAUUACGCGGAUGGCUAACGAUCAACUUGAAAGUCGUCGCCUCGAAGAGGUUUAUAAAAAAGAAAUAGAGGUUGUCUUAAACUCUCAAUUAACUCAUCGAGUAGAACAAAUGAGCCGUUCGGAGACGUUGCAAGAAGAUCCCUCUAUUCUAGAUGAUUCAUCCGGACUUCCACCUGCCACUCGAGCGGUUCUACUUGCCCACCGUUGCAGACAAGCAGAAUUAAAGUUGACGAGCAAUCACGAACACUUUGAGCAACAACUUGAUGAAGCGAAGCAUGAAUCCUCAUCGCUUAAGGAGCAGAUAGAACAAUUGAAAACUGUUAGUUUCCCAUUCCAUUUAGUUACUAUUUUCAUGUCUUGUCAGGGCCCCUGA